AUGGAACCCCACCCAUACAAUCGGCGAGCUCUACACCCGUUAGACGACGCCCGAAAAGGUCUGUGUCACGCCAAUCUGGCAGAAUUCGAAAGUCUAGCCGACGUUCCGGAAGUUUACGCAGUAGCCGAUCUCAACGCUCAUCGCGAAGUAGGUCGAGAAGUGCUCGAGGUGCUCGAGAUAAGCGCUCAUCAAGAAGUCGUAGUUCUUCAAAAUCCCGAUCGAAAGAAAAGCGAAGGUCGGUGUCACGUCGAUCUAUCAGACGACGAAGAUCUUCCCGACGUUCGAGAAGUUCGAGCAGUGGAAGAUCUCGACGCUUAUCACGAAGAAGAUCAAGAAGUUACCGAAGUCGACGACGAAGAUCUGGAAGUGCUCUAA